CCCACUUUACCAUUAAUCCGUCACACUUAUCAAUUAGCGCGUUUAUGACUGUCCCCCGACCCCAAAAACGCCCAGAUGCUCGUCCCGUGAACAUAUUUAUUUUCUCUCGCCGCACGGAGAACUUCCACGGGCUUCAGUCUGUCGAUACGCUCGGAGGCGGUCUGUACGCACAAUUUGGCGCAGGAGACGGCAAGGUCAGGCAAGGUCUUUGUUUGGACUGGCGAAAAAUCCGAAUUGUACUCGUGUGUGAGGGUGGUGAAAGGAGAAAGCAAGAGAAAUGUCACAGGUGCGACUGUUGGUACAAGGAUUGCGGCGGGGACUGCUCAAUGGGGGCGUAGCCACGCCCCACGACUCCGCUGCCCAGGUAGCGACCCAAAAACGAAACAGCUCAACGACCUGCGGAGAUUAUGAUCUGGUUGUGGUUGGUGGUGGUAUUGUUGGCGCUGCCUCUGCCCGAGAGAUCCUCCUGCGUCAUCCUACCCUGAAAGUGGCAAUCUUGGAAAAAGAGUCGAAGCUGGCAAAGCACCAGAGUGGACACAACUCCGGAGUCAUCCAUGCCGGCAUUUACUAUAAGCCCGGAACCCUGAAAGCCCGCCUUUGUGUGGAGGGCAUGCACUUGGCGUACGCCUAUUUGGAUGAGCACAAGAUCCCGUACAAGAAGACCGGCAAACUGAUUGUGGCCACGGAUGAGAAGGAGGUGAAGCUGCUGGAGGAUCUGGAGAAGCGUGGCAUUGCCAACAAUGUUCCGGACCUGAGGAUGAUCGAAGGCUGUGAGAUCCAGGAGAUCGAACCUUAUUGCCAGGGGCUAAAGGCUCUCCACAGUCCGCACACCGGAAUCGUUGACUGGGGACUGGUUACGCAGCAUUAUGGCCAGGAUUUCAAACGGUCUGGUGGUGACAUCUUUCUGGAUUUCAAUGUCAGCAAGUUCAGCGAGACCAAGGAGGGCACCGAUUACCCGGUGACCAUUCAUGGCGCUACACCCGGACAAACGGUGCGCACCAAGAACGUCCUGACCUGCGGUGGACUGCAAUCCGAUCUGCUGGCUGAGAAGACAGGGUGCCUCAGAGAUCCCCGGAUUGUGCCGUUCCGCGGGGAGUACUUGCUGCUGAGCAAGGAGAAGCAGCAUAUGGUCAAGGGUAAUAUUUAUCCGGUGCCCGAUCCACGCUUCCCCUUCCUGGGAGUUCACUUCACGCCGCGAAUGGACGGGUCCGUCUGGCUGGGACCAAAUGCCGUAUUGGCCCUGAAGCGAGAGGGUUACACCUGGGGUGACAUUAAUCUUUUCGAACUAUUCGACGCCCUGCGCUAUCCGGGCUUCGUUAAGAUGGCCAGCAAAUACAUCGGCUUUGGGCUGAGCGAGAUGUCCAAGUCGUGGUUCAUCAAUCUGCAAAUCAAGGCGCUGCAAAAGUACAUCCCGGACGUCACAGAGUACGACAUCCAACGCGGCCCCGCAGGAGUGCGGGCCCAGGCCAUGGAUCUGCAGGGCAACCUGGUGGACGACUUUGUCUUUGAUCGUGGCGAGGGAUCCGGACCGCUGGCCAAGCGGGUGCUCCACUGCAGAAAUGCACCGUCGCCGGGAGCGACCAGCAGUCUGGCCAUCGCCAAGAUGAUAGCCGACAAGAUCGAGACAGAGUUCUCCAUCGGCAAGUGAUAACGAAAAUUAUAAAAAAAAUUCAAUCAAAAGACCAAAAUUAUCCGGAAAUCACAAUAUGCCCAAAAUUCUGCCUUUAUAGGGUAUCAGUAACCACUGAUCUGAGUAUUUUGCAUUUUGUUUUUGUUGUUGCAUAUUUUGUAUUAAAAUUAACAAUUAAAGAAGUUUUAACUAUU